UCGCGUCUUUUCGCCAGAAAACGACAGGACAAAAUUCGCAGGUCUUCUUCGAGCUGUCCGUGAGCGUCAGUGGAGGUCGGAAGUGGGGGAGCUUUCGGGGGAGACCAGCUGCUCCUCUACUUCGUCUUCUUCCUCUUCCUCUCCGGAGCUCCUUUCUGCAUCACUUCCCACGCUCGAGAGAGGGCUCCAUCGAGACACGCUCGCGGUCGGUCCUUUCGCCAGCCCCGGAAGAAGCAACCGUCCUCGCGCGGCCCCAGGCCAAGCAUGUGCGGAAUCAAGUGAGCGAGAAAUGUCGCCACCCGCCAUCGCUCCCGUCGCCGUUCUCGCCUCCCUCCUCCUGGUGCUCCCGGUCCUAGCCAUAGAUGGCCCGCCGCCUUCGAGCUCCGGUAACGCCACCUCAAGCGUCGGCGGGAACUGGGUAACCGAGCUCCGGGCUGGACCGGCUCUCCGGAGGACUCUCGAAGUCCGCUCGGCUGCGGAGGCCCGUUAUCAGAUGAAGAAGAUCGCCGCCGUCGGACCAGGAGCGAGUCGAGAUGCAUUGCCCAGAGGGAAGAAAUUAGAGACGACCCGAUUCGUUUUGCUGGGGAAUUCGACGCUGCAGAGCGAGAACGGCACGUUCCGGCUCGGGUUUUUCAGCACGAACGGGGAUUCGGCUUGGUACUUGGGAAUCUGGUACGCCUCAACCCCAACUCCGACUUACGUUUGGGUUGCGAAUCGCGACAGACCCGCCAAGAAUCUAACGUCGUCGACGCUGGAACUCACCGACACGGGUCAAUUGGCGGUGAGAGAGUCGGGCGAUUUCGUCUUGUGGCAAAGCGGGAACACCGAAAUGUCGUCGAAAGUCACGUUUUCGGACAGUGGGAACUUGAUUCUGUGGUCGAGGGAAGGGAAGAUCGCAUGGCAGAGCUUCGAUUACCCGACGGACACGUGGUUGCCGGGGAUGAACCUGACCAAGGACCGAGUAUUGGUUUCUUGGAGGAGCUCGUCGGAUCCGUCGCCGGGUCACUACUCUCUGAGGCUCGACCCAGAUCAUUACGGUGCGUUCCAGCUGGUCUACGACUUCGGCAAGGUGUACUGGUCCACCGGGAACUGGACCGGCGAGGCAUUCUCCGGCGUGCCGGAGAUGACCAUACCGUACAUUUACCAGUUCCACUUCACCGACCCAUUUAGGCCGACAGCUUCUUUCGGGUACUCCGAGAGGUCGCUGGACGGCGCCCUCGGUCCGCCACUGAGCCGGUUCCAGGUGCACAUCAACGGCCAGCUCCGGCAGUACACAUGGACGUCGCAGACGGAGAGCUGGAACACAUUCUGGUCGGCGCCCGAGAACCAGUGCAGGGUCUACGGGCUGUGUGGCAAUUUGGGGUUCUGUAGUAGCAGGACAUUGAGGUCCUGUGAGUGUCUCUCUGGGUUUAGGCCUGUGGAUGGUGAGGGUUGGGACUCCGGGGAUUACUCUGCGGGUUGUCACCGGGGGAGUGAGCACAUAUGUGAGAAAGAUGAUGUUUUUGAAGAGGUAGGUUUGAUGGGUUUUGAAGGAAGCGCUGUGGUUUCAAUUUCUGGGAGUCGGAGAGACUGUGAGAAGUCUUGUUUGGGCAAUUGUUCUUGCAUUGGCUUGUCUAACAAUGAAAAGAGCAAUUUGUGCAAGAACAUUUAUGGGUCUCUGCUGAAUCUCAGGAACUUGAGUGCGGAUGCCACUUUCGAGGACUUGUUGUAUGUGAGGGUGCAGAGAGGAGGGAUUGUUAAGGAGAACAUAUCAAAGAGUAUCGUCUUGGUGGCCAGCAUUGUUGGGUCGAUUGCGAUUUUGGGUUUCUCAGUGUUGAUAUUGUCCAUUGCUCGGAAUAGGAGGGAGAAGGGAAAAGGGAAAGAAGGAGAUGAAGAAUUUCAGGUAUUGAACUUGAGGGUCUUUACGUACAAAGAGCUUCACAUGGCCACAAGAGGGUUUUCCGAAAAACUCGGACAUGGUGGCUUUGGUGGAGUUUUUAAGGGAAUUUUACCCGAUUCCACUCCCGUUGCAGUCAAACGCCUUGAAAGGCAAGGUGGUGGGGAGAAAGAAUUCCGCGCUGAGGUGUGCACCAUAGGGAACAUUCAGCAUGUCAAUCUGGUAAGGCUUAGAGGUUUCUGUUCAGAAAACUCUCACAGGCUUCUGGUCUAUGAUUACAUGCCAAAUGGUCCUUUGAGUGCAUAUUUACGCAGAGAUGGUCCAAAUUUGAGCUGGGAGGUUAGGUAUAGUGUGGCAAUUGGUACUGCAAGAGGCAUUGCUUAUUUACAUGAAGAAUGUAGGGACUGUAUCCUCCAUUGCGAUAUCAAGCCAGAAAAUAUACUACUGGAUGGCGAUUUUUCAGCCAAGGUGUCAGAUUUUGGCUUGGCUAAGCUGGUUGGCCGGGACUUCAGCCGAGUCCUAGCUUCUAUGAGAGGCACAUGGGGCUAUGUUGCGCCGGAGUGGAUCUCUGGCGUGGGAAUCACGACCAAGGCUGAUGUCUACAGCUAUGGGAUGACACUGUUGGAAUUGAUUGGUGGCCGCCGCAAUGUGGAGGUGCCGCCAUCUGCAGGUGGAGAGGGCGGGGCCGGCGAGAAAUGGUUCUUCCCACCGUGGGCAGGCCGCCAAAUCGUGGAGGGGAAUGUGGCGGGAGUGAUGGAUAACCGGCUUUGUGGGGCGUACAACAUGGAAGAGGCAGAGCGGGUGGCAAUGGUGGCUGUGUGGUGCAUACAGGACGAGGAGGACGCGCGGCCAACAAUGGGAAUGGUGGUGAAGAUGCUGGAAGGUGUGGUGGAAAUACCCGUCCCGCCCCCGCCCAGGCUUAUACAAGCCCUCGUUUCUGGUGAAUCUUUCCAAGGUUUCAGGGAACAUUCUGGUAUUAGGAUGUCUGCAGUUGGUAGCUUUUCUGGUGGUAACAUGGAAGCAGCCAGCGCUGCUUCUGAAUCUUCUUUUGGUAUUGUCUCUUCCCCAGCAAAUGUAGAUUUACCUGAAUCUUCUACUAACAAAGUUAACCGGCAAGUUUGAAAUUAGUGUCUGAGAUUUCGAGGUUUUUGUGCCUCCUGCUCUAGUGCCAUAGUUGCUGCAGCAGUUCAGGUGUUGUCCUCCUGAUUCAUAUUUCAGGAUGCAGAAUGGAAGAUGCAUAGAGUUUUUUGCGUAGAUAUUGAUGAGUGCUUUCAGCAUAUGAACUAGUCCGAGGAAACCGAAGUUUUAAUCCUUCUCUUACGGUCAAUCACUCCUAUAGUUAAAUUCCCGGUACAAGGCUAAAACUCUGAAACGAGUUCCUGGAGAAUAAACUGGUACUCACUGCUCGCUGGCACUCGUGGGUCAUUGUGCAAAACAGGAACUUCUUGUAUGGAUGUGAAAUAGUUUGCUGUCAUGUUUUCAUGACGCAAUUUUGACAAA